AUGUAUCAGAGGGUUCCCCCUCCUGUAGCUACCGAAGGCAAAGAAAAAGACGCAGAGAGCAAAGAAGAUGAAAAGUCUAGCGAGAGGGCACCGAAAAAUGUACCAACUAAGUUAUGGGAGAGAUUCAAGGUUCUGGAGAGGAAGACUGAUGACAUAACCAGAAGAUCUACAGAAAAAAGAAUGAAGUAUAUGCAGAAAUCAUUACUUAAGAAAGUUCAGGAGGAGAUAACUCUACCAGAAGACAGAGACAUUCUUCGACAGCAUGAUGUGAAGUUUGGACCUCCUGUAUGUGAUGACACUGAACCACAUAAUAGGAAAAGGAAGUGGCAUGCAUCCAACAAUACAAUUGCCAGCACACAAGAUGGUCAGAGUUCAUCAGGUGGUGCAUCCUGGGAGAACAUCAAGCCUUAUUUGACUGCAGAUGAUCACCUUCGAAGGCCAGAUAAGGAUUGUUACAAACUGGAGUCGGGGUUGGAGUCAAAGAUUACCUCCGCUAUUAAAGAUGGAGAUUUCUCGAGGGCUGAGGAACUAAGUGAUCACUUGUCAACUAGAGAGUUCGGAAGCAAGAUAGCUAAAGCUUUCGAUGCUCACAGAUAUGUUGAAAGAAGAAAGGAAGAGGAAGAAUUUAAACGGUCAAAGAAAAAGAAAAGCCUUCAUUGGGGGUUUCAAGAGAAACAACGGUGGGAAACGAAAGGCAACAUGUGACAUGCGCAGUUUUCGGACGACGUCGCUUCUUAUAUACCAAUCGCUUUGUCAAGACCACCGUCUCUGAAAUUGAAGUGAUUGAAUCUGUGAAGUCACUUAUGACUUACGCUUUCACUUUCACCCGGAAUCACAUCUUUAGCUGAAUCUUACCAACGAUAUCUUCCCAACGGCAUAUUGGUUGCAUAUGUCUUAUAAACCUGGGAGUUCAACCAUAGGGAGAUAAGGAAUACUGGAUUGCAAUUCAUUCCUCCUACCUUUAUAAACUGCCUCUUAACAAAUCAGAUUUUGUACAGGUGUGAAUAUAUCUUACUACUAAAAUUGUAUAACCCAUACAAGCGCCAUUAGAUUUGCAUUAAAUGUUGAUUUAAGUAAGAUUCCAAAUGUAAAGAGCAUUAAUAAAAUCUGUCGACGGUCCAUCCAGAAAGUUCUUUUUAAGUAGGGAGUGUGCAGUGAGAUACAGCCACACGAGGCUAACUCAACAAAAAUGUCUAUUAUUCAAAUAAUUUCAUUUUCAGGAGUGGAACUGGCCAAAUAUGUGGAUUUCUCUUUUAUAUAUCAAACCUUGUUUUUUUUAUGCUCCCGCCAUUGAAAAUGUGACGGGGACAUAUAGUGUUACCGAAUCCGUUCCGUCCGUCCGUCCUUCCGUCCGAAUUCGGUUUCCGCAUCAUAACAUUAGAAUGCCUCAACAGAAUUAAGUGAUAUUUUUGGAUUUAUGUUGAAAUAUUAGAAGUCAAGGCAAAGAACGUCAACAUCAGAACAAGUAUUCUGUAGAACAGAUUAUCCAAUAGCUGAAAGUAGAGUCUUCCUUACAUACUUAUCAGACCAUUCCAUAGUGUAUCCUAGUGCCCUGUAGUCUCCACAUGACACUGGACUUGUGUUUUGAAUUGCUUAAACUCCUUGAUUUUAAAAGACUGAAAUAUCACUUGUAUUAGCUUCUUUCUACUACUGUCAGUGGUGUUUCCCUACACUCUUCUCGUAUAAAAAUGCCCAAACAAUAUUCCAUAUGGUGGGACGUCCAUGUCCAAUGAAAACGGGGAAAAAUGAAAUGAAAACUGUUGUGGAGAAAUAUUAUCUCCCUAUACUCUUCUGGUGUAAGAAUGCUUGAAAAAAUACUCCAUAUGUUGGGACAUCCAUGCCCAAUGAACAUGGAAAAGUAAAAUUAAUUCUUCUGGAGAAAUAUUGUCAAGUGAAAAUGUGUAUACAGUUUCUUACAGAGCAGCACAUGUCUUCAUGAUAAUACCCUUUAAACAUUUGUUCUCCAUAUACGUUGAGUACUCUAAUGAAAUUUAAUGUAAUUAAGUUUUUCAUUGCAAUCCUUGAAAUCAGAUUUCAGUGCACUAACUUCUAAAGGGUUUUCAACAAUUAAAUGUAUUUUUUAUGUCACAAAUAAAAAUCUACGUCAAGCUUUAAUUUGCACUGAUUUUAAGAGUAGUCACUAAAGCUUGAAUUUAUUCGACAGAGUUAUGCCCCUUGCACUUACAAACCCUCAAACAACUUAAAGUUCCUUCUCAUUAUGUCAGUCAGACAUUUUUAAUUUAGAUUUGGUAUAUACAUUUAUUACACUU